AUGUCCGUCCGAAUGCGCACCAAGGCCGACACGGCGGCGGCUGAUGCGCCAACCAUCUCCUCAAAUUCACCGCCGAUAGACACCACCGCCGGCACCGCCAGCGCCGGCACAUCACCCAAGGAGCCUCCUCCCGAGAAGCCCGCAGACACCAAGCGGCGUUCUCUCGUCAUUCUCUCCUUCUGGCUCAUCAUACUCUGCCUGGGUCUCCCAAUAUGGUGGAAGACUACCACGAUAUACCGGGCCAAUCUGCCCCUGGACGAGAUGAUGGAAUGGGCCGACGGCAAGGCUUGCCGUCCUGUCUUUCCGCUGCGCAUAUCGAUCCAGGCCAGCCAGCUACAAGAACAGGAGGCUCAGAACCUCUUGCGGCUCACUCAGCACGCUCUCGACGACCUAAAUGACUUUUCAGGACACCACCUACGGCUGCAAUUGUCGCCCCGCCAGGGCGAUGAUGCUGCCCACCAUGACGAUGUUGCCCUGACGGUGCGGCUGACUCCGGGCGAGGCUACCACAUCUUCUCUACACCCAUAUUCCCCCUAUCUCGACAUCACAUAUCCGCCAAACUCAAUACCUUCCGCCGCCUCCGCCUCGUCAUCACUUGCAACCUACGUAGCUACCCAGCUGCGCACGACAUUUGCUGAAGAGCAGGCCAUCAUCUCCUACCUGCUUUCCACCUCUUCCGCCCAGACCGACCAGAGACAACCGAGCAUUUCCCCGGAUGCUGCCGAGAGUGUUGCGAAGCGGACAACGCGCUCUCUUAAAUACUCCCCGACCUACCAUCUCACCUUUUCCCUCUUCACGAGUGGACCCGCGCCUAGCAGCUGGGAUAUCGAGGCAGCCGUGGCAGAGUAUAUGAAACCGGUCCUGGAUGUACUUGGCCCUAUUCACAACUUCACAAUUGAUACCCAGGUCCAACUCUAUGCACAGCCGGGAGUUGGAACCAAUGUCCUAAGCAAGGAUGACUUGUCAUCAUUCAUCAAUGCGGCAGAGUGGCCCCUAUCACCUUCCAUUGGCGGGGCUCCGACAGUCAAUUUCAUUGUCUUUGUCGGCAACCAGACCAUUGGCUUCGAUAUCAGGCCGUCCGAUGAUGACCCUAACGUCGUAGUUGUGUCUGGCACAUCACAGUCCUGGUUGAUCCCGCAAUGGGGCACAGUCUACCUCCUUCCCAUGGACUACGAUAAAACCCACGUGCCGGUGUCGGAUCUCAAACAACCGCUGCUUACCUUCACCAACCACCUGCUCUCACUCUUGGGCACCCCUUCAUCAGGAUCUCUCCCGUUGCGUCUUGGCACAUUGUCCCGUGUGCGAUCUGCAGAUCUCCUUCUCCGAGCCUCCAGCACUCUAGGGUCUCUUGCCCGGCUCUCGCUUGCCCUACCUUCCAUCAGCAUUCCGUCAUCUGUGGCUGACGGAGUCUCGACCACGAUGCAGCAUCUGCGCAUGGCUUGCGAUUCUUUGGGCGGCUCGGAUGGGCUAGCCCAUGCGCUCAUCGCGGAAGCAGAAGCUGAACGCGCCUUCUUCGAGAAGAGCAUGGUUGGACAACUCUAUUUCCCAGACGAGCACAAGAUUGCCGUGUACCUGCCCUUGUUAGGACCCGUGGGUGUCCCCCUAGUAAUGGGACUGCUGAAUGAAUUGAAAGCAUGGAGGAAACGCAGGAAGGCAGCUGGAGAAGCCAAGUAA